CUUUAGCGCCUAUAUAUUGGUGAUCGUAUCUUCUGGCUGGGGAGUUUCGUUAAGAGCUCCCGCUUUCUGUAAACGUUACCAAACAUCUCUUACUGUACUGUUUGGAAACAUAAGGAUCUUAUCUUUCAUAUUAUCGAGAAAUCAUAACAAAUGUUUAGUUACUAUAGGUUUCUAUAUGGUUAGGGUUCCCACAGCCAUAUUUCCAUGUUACGGCGCUUAUUUAUGGAAGACGGGCGUACUGGUGCUAGUUCUGUGUCUCGGAACACCGGUGUGUAAAUGGAAGACAGACGCCACAAACGUGUUGUGACUGAAAAAUACUGUCUGCUGCAACUGUGUUAAAACUGGUUAAGUAACAGAUCAGUUCUGUUAACAUCAUGGCAGAUGGCAGGAUCUACGUGGGUAACCUUCCAGCUGAUGUGCAAGAGAGGGACAUUGAGGAUAUAUUCUUCAAAUAUGGCAAAAUCAGAGACAUUGAGUUGAAGAACAACAGAGGCACUAUUCCCUUUGCCUUUGUGCGCUUUGAAGAUCCACGGGAUGCCGAGGAUGCAGUCUAUGGGAGGAAUGGUUAUGGAUUUGGAGACUGCAAGCUUCGCGUUGAGCACCCUCGCUCUGCCUCCUCUAAAUUCAACGGUUCUAUGGGUGGUAGUGGUCGAGGGAGUGGGGACGGAGGUCCCGGUGGUCCUAAAGGGAGGUUUGGGCCUCCUACUCGGAGAUCGGAGUUCAGAGUUAUUGUGACUGGCCUGCCUCCGACUGGGAGCUGGCAAGACUUGAAAGAUCACAUGAGGGAGGCUGGAGAUGUUUGUUUCACAGAUGUUCAGCGGGAUGGUGAAGGGGUGGUGGAGUUUCUGCGCAGAGAGGACAUGGAGUAUGCCAUGCGGCGCCUGGACAGGACAGAGUUCAGAUCACACCAGGGGGAGACUUCAUCUAUCCGAGUCCAUGGAGAGAUGGGGGGCAGCAGAGGACGCUCGCGGUCCCGUUCCAGAUCCAGGGGACGGUACUCACCCGCUUAUCAAGGUCGUGGCUCUCCACCCCCUCGUUAUCAGUCGCCCCCUGCUCGUAGAUUGUCUCGCCAUAGCCCCCCUCCACGUCGCCCCUCUGCAGCACACCGUAGCCCAUCAAGCCGCAGCCCACCCCCUCGUCACUACCGAUAGUCUACCUACAGGAGGGCGCCAAGACUGGCGAUUACUUUAUUUUGUGUUGCUUGUUAAGUAUGUCAUGUGCAUUCCACUAUGAGGACUGUCUCCAGAGGACUUUUUAAAUGGUGUAGACAGAGCGGAUGGGUAGAUCUGCAUUUGCAUCACAUUCUCAUUGAUUCAUUCUCAGACCUAGGAUAUGGCUGGUUAAGGAUAUUUGUGAAGGAAACUGCAUACUAGAGGAAUACAACAUAAUACAGCUCUUUAAUGUAGUUUAUUUUGUAUUUUUAUCAUGUUUCUGUAAGAGCCUGUCUAGCCUGCCCUGCCUUGUAGAUGGUUGCCUCGCAAGUGUUCUCAAUUUUGUUCCUCUUUUUUAUUUUACGUGAGAAUGAAAUUAUUUCUUUCUCCUGCCCCGUUCUCAAAAUAAUCUUUGUAAAAAGUGUUAUUUUUUUCAAAUAAAGUGAGGACUCUUAGUA